AUGCUGGUUCGUCUACGCGAGCACGGUUUCAGACUGGGAAUCGUUACCAACGGGCAACUCAAAGACCAGUUGGAAAAGUCGGAUGCAAUUGGGGUCCAUCACCUUGUCGACAAUAUCAUCACCUCAGAAGAAGCGGGGUGCUGCAAGCCCGAUAAACGACUAUUUCACCUAGCCAUCGAGGCGUUGGGGGCCACGCUUCAGAACAGCUGCAUGAUAGGGGAGGUCUUGAAUGCGGAAUCGAAUACCGUCCACGACCUUGCCAAAGAAUUGUCUGCUAUUCUUGCAGCCAUCUCCGUGGAGAACUACGUCUUUGCCAUCUUUCGAACCGGAAGGAAUGUCGCCAAAGCGGCAUCCCCAAUCAACGAGACCGCCAUACGGAUCUCUUUUCGAGGCCAAGACGAGCAAAAGGACGAGCCGGGCACACAAGUCAGGUUUCACAUCACUGAGAGACUUCACAGCAUCCGAAUCGACUACGAAAAAUGUUUUCUCUCUUCGAAAUCAUGCAUUGAAGCUAGGUUGCUUGAGAGUCUCAGAAUGCUCCAGGCCUGCUGUGACAACCUCAUGCGAGACCACCCAAGAGCAGCAUUGCGAAAUCUCAGGUCUGUGAUGAUGAUACUAGCUGAGAUCGCUGGAAUAGAGGCUUCAUUAGUUGUUGAGGGGGAAGAAAUUGAUCUUUAA